AUGGCCAAGAGAUGUCCCCACCCUCUUCCCCACAAUCUGGUCCGAAGGCGCCCGCCAUUGGCUGAGCAAGGCGAUGAGGAUGGAAUAAGGUUUACGCUAGAUCGGAUCAUGGAAGGCCCGUCGCCUAUAAGCGAGCCAGUAGAUGUCGCUGCUUUACGCAUUGGCGGUGGCGGUGGCGGUACACUUCUUAACCAGUUUGGCGAACUCUUUCUUCACUCCUCGAUCGAUGUCAUCAAUGCCACCCACCAGACGUCGAAUAAUGAAUCUACUAGUAGCCUUGGUCCAGAGUCCCACAGCCUCCUCCAUUCACCGCCCAGUCGUCCAACUGAUUGCGUCUCAAAGACUGAUGGUUGGGUAGUCUCUUCCUCACAAGCGCAGAGACACUCUGCUCCACUCUGCCAGUUGAAAUCAGAGGAGUUUGAUACCAAGGAAAUAAGGUUUCUCAAUGUGUGGUCGGAAAUCCCUCACCAGACAUCGGAAUAUGGCCUAAAGGAGGAAGCAAGAGGAGGGACCAGUAUCAACCUGCAGCAGAACGCCAUGAUGCCAAGGCGAGAGAAGGCUUUGAGUCUCAACGCAAGGGCAUACAACUGGCCCCCCCAGGGAAACCAUAAUGGCUUCCGGGAAUACUCCGUAAAGCGGCUGCCGACUUAUCGGGAUAAGCCCUGGCGGGCCGAUAACAGAUCGGUCCAGAUCUUGAGAGACCGGUCGAUGAUGCUGCAUGAGAGGGGAGAGCCCCCGUGUUUCAACAACUUGGUCCGACCUGGAUGGGACAAUUUGACCCGGGAUCAAAUACACGUGGAAGGCCAGCAAGCUUUGGCGCCCAAUCAGCGUACGGCGGACGACGAUUUUCCGAAUGCAGACGAAUGCAGAGGAACAUACUGA